AUGUCAACAACAAAGAAACAAACAAAAAACGCUACAAGAUCAACGAACAAUAAAAAUAUGAAUCCUCUGAGCUUAACUCCAUUUUUAUCCACCUCUCCAAGUAAUAAAUCGCCUCGUAACACUGGCACCAUACCCUCCGACGACAAUGAAGCAGUCCACGCUUCCAAAAACAAGAACGAUACUACUCUAUCCUGUGCAGCAGAAACCUACAAGGAAAUCCACACCCCUACACAUAACCUAAAACGCACCCCUCCUUCUAUACAACCUACCGAUUUCCCACCUCUCCUUCCUCCUGAAAUCCCCUCCUCAUUCCCUGCUACGCUGGGUGCUAUUAAACGAAAAAGACAAUCUAUUAACAGAGAUAAAGACGCCUCUGCUACUCAAAACGUCUCAAGCAUUUCAAACAACAGCAGUAGAGGUAAAAGAAAAUCUUACAAAAAGUCAAAUGAUGAAUCGGACAGUUCGACUGACUUCUCAUUAAACGAUGAUAACGAUUUAAUCGAGGUUGACCCACACUCGGAAAAACCUAUCUCGAAGAUUAUAAUAUCACUUGUCGAGUUUGCCAAUGAAAUCAACUAUGUGAGACGUAACUCGAGUAACCUACAAGGUAAAUUCAACGGUAGACUCAAGACAGUCGAACAGUCCUUACUGUGCAUCUCCCAAGACCUGGAGGCUAAAUACGCUAAUUCUGAAAACAACGAAAAAUUAAUAGACGAAAACAUUACACUGAUUAAAAAUAACCAAACACUCACGGAUAAAGUUAAGCGUUUAGAAGCCCAGAUCCACGAAUAUAAAGCUGCAAAAAAUGCUCCGCAGUCUCCUAUACAAAUCCGCAGUGACAACACCUCCUCUCCCAUCAAUAAAACCUUCCUAGACUCUUUGCUACAAUCAAUCAACAAAAAUAUAGACUCAAAAAUCAAUGAUCUGAAAUCAGAAAUGAUUUCAUUAAUCAAUAGCAAUAAUAAUAAAUCUCAACCUACUCUACAGCAUCAGCAAUUCGCCACUGCUGUACAUAAUACUCCCAGUACCUUUAAUUUGGACAAUCAUCGAACACAAAAUACAUUCUCACCUCAAAAUCCAUCUGAAACAUGGUCAAAAGUCGCAAAACGUAAAAAUAAAAAAACAGUAACUGCUAUACCUAGUGAAAUGAAUAGCAAUCCGAUACCUUCUACUGCUCCCAUGCCUCCCCCCUCUUUUUCGAAUAUAGCUACUACCUCCAUGAGAAGACCAAAGAAUGUAGAAGUGAUUUAUAUCGCUGAAAAUAAAAAAAGUAAUAUUAAACUUAAUCAAAUACUUACCAAAGCUAAAGAAAACAUUAAGCUGAACGAAUUUGGAAUCGAUGCAAUUAAACCUCGCUCCUCUCUAAACGGCGGCCUUAUACUCGAAAUACCUAAGAUCAAAGAUAAAGAAAUAGCACCUGUUUUAAUGAAAAAAAUCAAAUCCCUUUUUCCUCCUGACGAAGUCACAAUAACAUGUCCGAAAAAAUAUAAAGAAAUCCUACUUACCAGUGUUGAUGUCUCCGCCACCCACUUAGAGAUCACUGAAGCUCUCCGCACUGUCUGUGGAGAAAAUGAGCAUUUCAUUCUGGGCCCGGUGCGUCCGAACCUGAGAGGCUCGGCCACCGUAUGGUGUAAGUGCGAAGAAUCCGCUGCUUAUAAAUUACUCUCUACCAGACUACUCACAAUUGGUUGGUCACAAGCAAGACUUCUCCCUCUCGAUAGUAGACCUGUGCAGUGCUACAAAUGCUGGACAUAUGGGCACGUACGAGGUUCAUGUACAUCUAACAUUGAUAGAAUAGGAUGGUGUUUUAAAUGCGGUUAUGAAGGACACCCUGCUAACACCUGCAACAAUGAUAAACCAAUUUGUAGACUAUGCCAAGACAACAAAUUCGAUAGCAACCAUAAAAUGGGUACAAACAACUGUCGUACCUUCCUAAACUACAAAAAAGACAAAUUAAAACCUACUCUUAACAAUAACCCUAACAGCAAUUCAGAAGACAGGCCGGAGGUCCCUGAAAAUAAUAGAAAAGAAUCAAUAUGA